AUGUCCCAAGAGUUGUUUGCGGGGGUACCGACAUCCGCCAUGCUUCCAUCUACCAAACGGUUCUCCCAUACGUUCCGUCAAUCAGUUAUCUCUAUGGGCUAUCAAUCUUGGUGCUAUCGGAGCCAUUUGGGGCAAAAGAUUGAUACCGGUGAAAGACUAGUCAACCUAAUUUCGAUUUAUCUAGCGACAGAGCUGCAAUCGUUUGCGCUGUAUAUCAUAGCAGCGCUAUCGAGAGACUCACUAAGGUCUGUACAGGCAUCACUAAAGUAUUUUAUACUAGGGGCUUGA